AUGGUUUUAAAUCUACGCCGGCUGGCGGCAGACCAUGCCGCUCUGCACUCUAAGCUCCCGCCGUACUACCUCAUGCAGCCGGAGGAUGGCCACUUCGCCGCAGCAGAUGACCUGUCGCAGGUGACCAUUCUGCUUACCGGCCCACCAGGGACUCCCUACUCUGAAGGCCUGUGGCGACUGCAGUUGAAGAUACCGGAGGACUAUCCCAAUAGUCCGCCCAAGGCGACAUUUCGGACCCGGAUAUGGCAUCCCAAUGUCGAGGAGAUGACAGGCGCGGUCUGUGUGGAUACACUUAAGAGAGACUGGCAGUCCAGGUUGACCCUCCGAGAUGUUCUUAUUACAAUCUCCUGUCUUCUCAUCAACCCCAACCCGGACUCGGCUCUCAAUUCUUCCGCAGGAAACCUGCUCCGCGAAGACUACGAUGUUUUCGCGCACCAGGCUAAACUGAUGACCUCCAUCCACGCUCCCAUCCAGUCCGCCCUCCAAGGCGCCGUCCAAGAAGCAAAACACCGUGGCGAAGAUCCCGGCUCUGUGCACCGGGAAACAGAUACCCACCACCAGCGCCCACGAAAACAACAGCGCAUACAGACAGGCACAACCAUGAAAAGCAAUCGCCCACCAUCCGAAUACAUUCCACACCCACCCCGCGAUAUCACUAUCCACCCACAGCCAGUUCCCGAAGAUGACCCCAUGCAAAUGAGUGACGUCGACGACGAAAACGACGACCCCGCAAGCGCAAGCAAAGAAAACAAUCCCUCUCUCUCCCCAACUCCCGUUCGCCUUGCACCACCCUCAAGCCCUCGCAAGAAUGCCUUCGGCAAACGCCCACUCUCCGUCCUCUCACUGGCAUACCCCGAAGACCCAGACACAGAGAUGAUGCUAGUGGACUCGGAUUCCGAAUCCGAAAAUGACACCGAUACACCCCAAACAAGCCUGAGCUUCAGCUCCUCCGACAAGAACAUCGCCGCAAACACCUCAUCUUCCUCCACAUUCUCUCGCUACGCACGUCACUCCCCCUCCAUGUCCCCACAGCGCAAAACCCCCAAACUCGCCCUGAGCAGAAGGGGCAACACACCCACCCGUCUUCGCGAAGAUGUCCAGAUCUACGAGGACGUCCCAGAUCGCACAUUAACCGAUAUCUCGCGCCGAUUCGGCGGCGACGGGAAGGAGAACCGCGAUUCCGUAUCUGUGCCUCGUGCCUUGAAAGAUAUCCGUGGUGUACAUGCUGAGAAGGUGGCACACCCUGCGAACACACAGGCAAUGCAAUCAGGCCACCCGCCGAACGCUACUGCAUCUUUGGUAUCGAAGCAAUCCCCUUCGAAGCUCUCGAAAAAAGUCCCCGGUCUACGGAAGGGAGCUAUGGCGAAGGUCAAGCCCCGGAUUGGUCUGCGACGACUUUGA